AAAGAUAAAUGUGCAGUAGUUGUUUCAUCGACGUCGGACUAACAACAGUAACAGCUUACAGGGUACACUGAAGGAAAGCGUACAUGAGAAAUAACGGGUUCGGAAGUGAGAAGGUCAGGGUUCUUAAUUAGGGUUGAGUUGCGGGAAGAUUGUUAAGUUGUUGACAAUUUUUUGUGGUUAUUGCAACUUCGGAAGAGGUAAUUUACUUUCUGUCCCCGAGCGCUCGUCUUGACUCUUCUGUCUCUGCUGUUGUUCCUCGCCCGUCGGGCCUGGCCUUUACUUUCCCAAGCCCUGCCUUGCCCGUACCUGCCCUAUCUCUCUCCUCUUCCCCUUCUCCUCAUUGCUGUCUCCCUUUUCCGCCCCAUGCUACUCAUCCCACCAAUCCCUGCACAUUCUCCCUCCCUCACCACCUCCUCCCGGUCUCCCCUGUGAUGCUUCUUCCUGGUCUCGUCGUCGAUCUCUUUCGAUCCACUCAAUUGAAUUUCCACGUUCCAUCGCCUGAGGGUGUCACAGUCAUUAGGUCUUUUCAAAUUUCCACUGGGGGAAAUUCUCAUGCUAAUAUGUCGGGGGGGAGGUUAUGGUUCUGAUUUGGGGGAAGGCGGGGACUCGUGAAUUGGGAGAGGGACGAGAUUUGUGGUUCUAGGUGAUGUCCUGUAGGGGAAUUCGAGGUCUGGCUCAUUUUUGCAGAGCCUAGGCUUUUGACCUGUCAUUGAGAGUGUUACCUACACGAGGGUGACAUUUUUCCCCCUUUUUUCUUUUUUAAUUAUUCUUGAUCCGGUGGUUGCGGGAAGUGGAAAUUGCAGAGCACAGGGUUGGGGGUUGUAGAUAUGUUGUGCUGUUAUUCAACCGUUUCGGGGAUCGCUUGACUGCUGGUCGUGGUGCCUCCAGGUCUCAGGUCUGUCCCCGCUGGUGGUUUAUCUUUUCUCGUUAGGUUUUCCAUUGCUCCUCUUGUUUCACCUUUUCCGCGAAGUGUUUGGCCUUUCUUGUCAAUUAACGCACAUCUUCCAUCUUCUCCAUCUCCUUCCCUGGUUUAGUCCGACGCAAUUUUGUCAAACCGAAUCCUUCCCGCUUCAGCGUUUUGCGGACUGUGAAUAUUGAGUUAAACCUGGACGGCACCCAACAUGUACAGAUAUAUGUAACUGUAGUAGUGGAGUCGACAUCCCUAGACGCCGUGAAAAGAAUUCCAAAUGCAAUGGAAUCUAGCCUGGUCUUGAGAUUGAUGUUUAAGUAGCUGACAACAAGAAAUCGACUAGCAGCAGCAUGAAGAUUGACGAUGGUACUCUUAAUCGCUAUCUAAUCAAGAAUCUACAAUCCUUAACGGAGGCCGACCCUUCCUUGCUAGCGAAUUAUGUAGCAGCUCUUCUGAGGAAUAACAAGCCCAAGAAGGAGUUGCAAAAAUUGUGCAUUGAUCAGUUGUACGAUUUCCUUGGUGAUGGGACGAAGUCUUUCGUUGCAAAGUUAUUCCAUGCUCUCGAGGAUGGUACAGUUCCUUCUUCUACAGAGGAAAUGGAGCCUAGCAAACCUAUGGAAAGCGGGCCUGUAGUCACAAGCACAGAUGUGGUUGAACUAAGGACGUCCUCACCACAGUUGGAAAGGUUACCGAGCACUGCUGUUCGUGCCUUUAGUGAUGAAGGGGAGGAUGAGAGCAGCGAUGAUGAGGAUGACGAUCGGAAUCACAAGCAUAGGAGGCGGGUCACAAGGUCUCGAUCAUUUGAUAGAGAUGGGGAGGAGGAAGACAGAGGGAUGUACAGAAAGCGGGGCAGAUCAACUGACAAUGGUCAGGUCUUACGAGAUAAUGAACGCCUGGCAAAUGAUCGUCGGGGCCCUGGUCAUGCCAUGCAUUCAGAGAGAGACAAUAAUAAGUUUGACAGGAGAUUGGGUAGAGAACAUGCAUCUGGCCGAUUCAGUUCGGAAGGUGGUCAAAGAGGGAACUUGAGAACAGGUCCACAAUUUCGAGGAGAAGGUCCUGGUCCUCGAUACGAUGGUCCUAACGGUAUGAUGCGUGGUGGAAUGGGUCGUGGGAGGGGAUUAGGCAGUUCUUGGCCUCCAAUCGACCAGCGGUUUCCGCCACCUCCCUUUUCUGAUGGUUCAGAAUUUGCCCCUCCUCUGCUGCCACCUGGGCCCCCAACAUCAGGUUUUUUUCCGGGAAGAGGUAUCCCUGGUCGGGGUGUGCCACAUACUCCUUGGCCUGGAUAUGGUCCUCAUCCUGGAAUGGGAAAUGGCCCUUUAGAACACCCUCAUCAGCUAACUGGAGGAAUGCAAGGUGCUCGUGGACCUCCUCCAAUGUCCGCUGGAAUUGGCUUAAAUAUGAGCAUGGGAAGACCAAGAUGCCUAGAUUUUGAAGAACGAGGGUAUUGUUUGAGAGGAGAUCUUUGCCCUAUGGAGCACGGCGCAAACAGGAUUGUGGUGGAAGAUGUGCAGAGUUUGUCCAAGUUCAACCUUCCUGUAUCUAUUCCAAGUGGAAGAGGCAUGGGUAUCGGACCAGUGUCUGGACCUUCUGCAGGUCCAAUGCUCCCCCCUGGUUUAGGCAUGGUAAACAGAGGAAAUCGGGGCAGUCGAGAAACUAGCUCACCUGGAAUGGGAGAAGAUCCUAAUAUGCUUAAUGGAGCUCCCCCUUCCAGUGUCGGUGCUGAGCCAGACUUGUACGACCCAGACCAACCCUUGUGGAACAAAGAGCGGCCUGAUGCAUCUGCGGGGCUUCGAAAGCUGUCUUCUUAUCAAAAAGGUUCGCAGGAUCCAGAUUGGGAUGGUGAUCUCUUAGAGAAACGAGAGAAUCAGGAGGGCAGUGAAACCCUCGAUGUUGUAAGGGUAGGAAGAGGCGGGAGCAGUAAUGGAGCACAGGGAGCAGAGAGUGGACCCAGUGUGUGGGAUCGCAUAGGUCCUGUAGAUCGAGUAGGAAAUAGGUUGGAUGGAGGUCCACGUCCUGUGGGGUCUCCACUUGAGGGGAUCCCCAGUGGAAAGCCCCCAAGGAAGGAUGGUGGAGAAGAAAUGCCGGCCCGGGGUAGAGGAGUUUGGCCGGUAAAGUGGAAUCGCGAAGUAGAAGCUGAUGACGAAAGUGGACCCAGAGCAACAAUUGCAAAUUCGACACCUGGCCGAGGGCGCGGAGUUGGUCGCAGCGAAACUGGUUUAGGACAGCGAUCUGGAGAGGGGACAAGCUACGGAUCACGUGGUACGGGCGGUCGAGGAACAAGUGGAUUCGGGUCAGAGAGAGCUCAGCGAACUCUAUAUGUUAGCUUCAUCCCAGUACUUAGCAACAGAACGGAACUCUUGACAGCUCACUUUCAAAAAUUUGGACACGUACUAGAUAUUCGUAUUCCAGCUCACAGCGAUAGAGCUUUUGUCCAAUUUUCAAGGCGUGAAGAUGCGGAAGCUGCUUUAACAGCUCCGGAUGCUGUUAUGGGGAAUCGCUUUAUUCGCCUCUCUUGGGCAAAUAGGGACAGUAUUCCAGAUCCGGGAGAUAACACAACAUCUCCCGCUGGUAAAGUACACGGAAAAUCUGGACAUCUAACUACCCCGCAGACGGUAAAAGCUCCGGAGAAAGCCACAUUAAAUGGAACGGCAAACGUUCCAGCAGAGUUGGCAUUAUCAGAAGGUGGGGGAAAGGCCAUUGCUGCCAAUGGAUCCUCAAGUUUACCCGCUAUCUCUGGAGCCGCGCUGAAGAAGCAGGAGGAGCUGGAGAAAAUGAGAGAGGUUAUAAGGAGAAAGCAAGAGUCAUUAGCGCAAAAGCGAGUUGACUUCCGUAGGAAACUCGAGGCCAAGCUCGCGAAACAGGUGCCUGGGCAGGGAGAUGGUUCAGAUUCAGAGCAAUCUGCCAAGCGUCAAAAGUUAGAUGAUGCCGAUGAGAAUUCAAGUGGUUCCCUCAAGCAAGGAGUAUCAACAACUACGGUUUCUCAACCAUCUCCAAGUCAAUCUGCUCCACAAGUGCCCGUGGAACAUUUAUCCUCUGGUGGACUUUCUAAGAGCAAUUCAGGGGAGGUCCUCAAACAGAGUAGUGUAACAGUUGGUGUGAGCCAACCUACCCAACCGUCCCAAAGGGCCGGAAGGCCACAAAAUGCAAGGGUGAACAGUACGAAUUUGACGUACUCGCAAGUUUCUUGGGGACCUGCUCGUUUUAAACUGGAUAACCGAACAACAAUCUUCAGAGUGCUACAACCCUUCCCUUCGGCCGUUACAGAUGUGGCAGUGCUCAAGGAGCACUUCUCUAUGUUCGGAGAAUUGUCAACGGUGGAGCUAGAAGAUGCAGAAGGUCAAAAAGUAGAAGGAAUCUCCAAAUUAAGCGAAAUUAACAGUGUACGGGUGAGUUUUGCAACACGUCGUGCUGCAGAGAGGGCCUAUGCAACAGGCAGAUGGCUUCAAGGUCAGAAUUUACAGCUUGUAUGGGUUACGUCUACAAAUAACUCUACAGGUAGUGGGGGAACUGCUGGAAGCUCAUCGCUGGUUACCUCUAGAGGACCUUCGGGAGGUCCAUCUUACAUGGAGCAAGAAGGGGCUAAUGGGAAUAGAUAUUCUGAUCGGGAAAGUACCAAGUCUGGUCAAGAGACACAAGAUACUGCUAAUGAUGGGGAUGUGUCAGGGGAGGAAACAGGUUAUGAAGUGAGCAGAGAGGAGAAGAAGAGUUCAGCUUCUGUGCCAAACCUAGAAUGGAGAAGAGAGAACGCCUUGCAAGUCCGUGCAUCUACGAAAGUCGUUGGACGGAGCUCUAGUGGUCCUGCCAUUUCCACGGAAAGCGGAGCGGAAACGCGUCAUUAGGAUUGGAAGUUUGGAUCUAUAUCUUGCUUCCAGAGGCUCAUGCUCUUUGGCAACAUGGCUGAGCUAGUUUGCAGAGCCUGUGCUGUGUAUAUUGUAGGUUCUGUUGCCUGUAACUUUUAGGUUCCAAUUCAACACAAGUCUGUCAGGGUUUGGUGUCCCCAGAUUGCACCAAUCAGCACACGAAUCAUAGACUGUAUGUUGUCCGGGUCUCAAGCUGUGUGCAUGCAGUGGCCUAGCAGUCAAUUUACUAAGUGACUUUUAGGAGACCCAUUUCCCGGAGGAUGUGACCUAGUCACGGGUUGCAUCUUCAGUGGGUAAUGGCGGCCAUUUACAUCCAUGUCUGGUAUGUGGUAGAUCCCAUUAUCAUGGGGUGCCACAUAAAUUCAGUAGAAUUAAUUACUUCGAGAUAGCAUUAGAGGCAUUUUUUUGAUCUGGCAUUGGUACUGCAGCCAGUGCGAUUAGGGAGUCAUUAAAUCAAUGUCAGCUGAGAUGAGUAGGCACUGGACGGCAGUCCGUUUAGUUCUUUAGUAUGGCAAGCCGUCAGGCUUUGGAUGUCUUUAACGGCAAGUAAUGAAAAGAAAAUCCAAGACGCCGGAGAUUG